AACAUUUCCAGUCUACAACUUUAGAGACCAGCAUUGAUGGAUGCUGCUUUCGUUAGCUAAUGUGUGGUCUUCUUUUUAGCUAAUAACCACGUACAGAUAUGUCCAAGAAGUGGAAAAAUUACUCACAUACCCAUAAAGAAUUUUCAUUGUCCUGCAGGUUCAUUUCACCAGACGGGUGCUGUACCAACAGUUGUUCCCAAUGGCAACGGCGCGUUUCCCGGGGAAAAGUCCAGUCUACGCCAACAGCAGCGCUCCAGUCCCGGGGGGGGCUCAGUGUGUCGACGGGACCCCGUGGAUCUUCUACCUGCUGGAGCAGUGCGUGGACAAUAUGUGGGAGUACUCCAGCGUGAUGAUAGGACUAAUAUCUAUGUUUUGUUUUCUGCUGUCCACUUUGCCGCAGGUCUAUGAGGCGUACCGGACUGGUAAAGUGGAAGAAGCUAUGUCUUUGGGAUUUCUUUUUUUCCUCUUCUGUGGGGAUUUGACCAGUUUUGCAGGCUGCUAUCUCACCAGCCAGCUUCCUAUUCAGGUAGUCACAGUGGUGUUUUACAUCUUUACAGACGUGAUCCUCAUCUCACAGUUUUUCUACUACAAGCAUAAAAACAGCUCCAGCAGAAAAUUGCCCCUGUUGAAGUGGCUCUGUUUUAUGUGGUGUGGUGCGGCGACAUCACUUCUCCUGGCUUUAGCCAAAUUCAUUAUAGACCACGAUACAACGUUUGACCCCCAGAGUACAGCUGCCUCCCAGUCAGUGGGAAUAACUGGCUAUAUAUGUGGAUACUUGGCAUCUGUGUUCUACCUCUCCUCCCGUUUUCCACAGCUCUACAAAAAUUUCCAGCGCCAGUCUACAGAAGGUACUUCCUACCUUUUGUUCAUCCUGGCUAUGAUGGGCAACGGGACAUACGGGCUAAGUGUCGUCCUGGUCCUCCCUGCCCUGAGGGGUUCGAAGCAGGACUUCAUCAUCAAACAUCUGGCCUGGCUGGCAGGCAGCCUGGGUGUCUUCAUUCUGGAUUUUUUUGUGAUCAUCCAGUUUGUCAUGUACAGGAAGAGCAUCUCCUCCAAAGGGAGCACGCAGCUCACUGUCCCAGAGGUGGAACCUCUUCUGUGUGAGGACGAGGAGCUGUCCAUGCUGUAGAACACUGGCUUAGGUCGCUGACGGGGGAGUGAGACUGCGGCUCAUUUCCAUCAGACUCAGAGGACACUGAUCAGCACCAGAGUCAGAAGGUUAUUCAUGUGUGCCAUUAGUCUGUUUUUACUGCUGAGAGAGGACAAACUCCUCUGGUUCAAAGUGGUAAAGAGAGGGGAAAGGCUCCAGAUUUGAAAUAGUUUAUAUGCUCUAACACUGAAAAUGAAAUGUAACUAGUCUUGAGUUUUCAAGCCUCUUCUGCUUUUUCUCUCCAGGAUGUGUUGUUCUGUAGCCAUUGCAUAAGUCUACGUCUGGUUAUGCAAACUUAUUUUUGGAGCAUUUUCAUUUUUUGUCUGCACCCUGGAGAGUAAUCCUCAUGCCAGACGUAUUGUAGUAAAUAAGCGAAGUGCCUGUUAGAUUUCCACACGUCUCACACGGUAAAUGCUGCCAUU